CAGGAUGCAUCCUUUCAGCUCUACACUGCUGCUUCUGUUCCUCUUCACCAUCCUCUUUGGGGAACCAAUGGGAAGAUACGUCUCCAGCUGGAGCCCCCAAGAUGCAGGUAGCAUUGCAGCCCCUGGACUUCUUGCAUUUAAAGACAUCCGUUCCAACCCCACUCAUUGCUCGGAGAGAAAGCCCAGCCCUGUGAAGACAGAGCUGAAAUCCAUGCCAGCCCUCCCAUGCCGGCGCCGGGGGAGCCCAGCCCAGCUGUGGGAAGGGAUCUCUCUGUUCCGGAGAAGAGGGAAUGCUGCACCUCAGAGGUCGCUGCUGGUGGACCGGGAGAAGGAUCUCUCCACCUACAACCGGAACUCAUUUGGCCUGCGAUACGGCAAGAGGCAAGCAGGUGUGGAGGAAGCCAACGUGAAAAUAUGGUGAAGCCAAGGAGCAGCCAGAGCUGGGGAGGGCUGUGGGUGAACUGCAUGGAGCUGUACUAGCGGGGAAAAGUUCAAAGCUGUCUUGGAUCAAACAUAUUGUGCCCCUUGGCUUGUUCUUGUGCUGAAUCCUUAUUACUCAUGACUUGGGUUGUACUGGCUACAUAAAGCCUGGGGACAAGCUGAGUAACGACGUAAAUAAAUCUCCAUAUAGAUGCUUGGUUGUACACUGUGCUAAGCUCUUCCCCCACCUCCAGGAGACCAGAAGGAGAAGAGGCUGUUUGGGAAGUCAGCCCUUCCACUUGCAGUUUUAUUGAUGAUGCCUGUGAUUCCCCAACCUUGUUUAAUAAAGGCAGCUCCAUCU